UUUCUCUCCAUUAGCAGUGUUAGCUCCAUUAACAAUUUUAGUGGUGUUAGCUUUAUUAAUAUAGUAAGCAGUUUUAGCACUAUUAGCAUAGUUUGCAGCGUUAGCUCCAUUAACAAUGUACGCUGAGUUCACACUUCAUUUUCAAUGGAAGCCGAUGACACGAGGGUCAAGUUGAGCUUUCGUCAGCGCUGCAAUGAUGCAACGAAGCAUCGACCGAUCACUUGUUUUUGUUUGUGCUGUUAUUCAGCUUAGUUAGCUGGUGCUAUGAUAGCUUGCACAUGGUUGGCGUGAUGAUGACGUGAUGAUGGCGUGAUGAUGACGCUUUGCUCUGCUCCUCCAGGUUUCACUCUCAACAACACCAUCUACCAGCAGCUGGUGGCUCGAUACUCUGACCCAGACAUGACCAUCGACUUUGAUAACUUCGUGGGCUGCCUGAUGAGGCUGGAGAUGAUGUUCAGGAUCUUUAAGAAGCUUGACGCUCACGACAGCGGCUCCAUCGAGCUCGACUUCAACCAGUGGUUAAGCUUCGCCAUGAUCUGAGCCGCCACUCCAUAUUCACCUGGAGCUUCAGAGUUCGUCCAGAGCUUCAGAAUUCGCCCAGAGCUCCAGUGUUACCGCAGCACGCCAUAUUCGUGUUUACAUCUGCAGCUUCUCUUCCUGUCACUGUUUUAUAUCCCAACACUACCUGACUGAGUCCAUGUAAAGUCAAUAAAGUUAUUCAGAAA